GCUGGCCCAGACGCCGUCAGGGAAGGGAGUUGCCUACAGCCUCUGCCCACCUCGGUCGUCAAUCCUUUGAUCAAUUAAUCUUCACUGCGCAUACCCGUUGCACGUGAACCGUCGACUGCUACUGUUGCUGCGUUCCUCACAACGGGAGUAAGGAUGGACGCCGAUCAGUUCAGGGCGGCGUCUAAGGAGAUGACGGAGUUCAUCGCUAGCUACCUGUCCAACAUCAGAGACAGGCGAGUGUUGCCAGAGGUGGCUCCCGGGUACCUGCGACCACUGUUGCCACCACGGGCUCCUGACACCCCUGACGAGUGGAGCGAUGUUAUGGCUGAUAUAGAGAGGGUCAUCAUGCCUGGGGUAACACACUGGCACUCCCCUCAGUUCCACGCGUACUUCCCGACAGGCAACAGCUACCCGGCCAUCUUGGCCGACAUGUUGAGUGACGCCAUUGGAUGCAUCGGCUUCACCUGGAUAUCAUCACCGGCCUGCACGGAGCUGGAGGUGGUUAUGAUGGACUGGCUCGGCCAGCUUAUCGGCCUCCCUCCACACUUCCUUGCCUCCUCAGGGGGCAAGGGCGGUGGCGUCAUACAGUCGACAGCAAGUGAAGCGACGCUGGUGGCCAUGUUGUCAGCUCGGGCCAAGACUCUCAAGCACCUCAAGGAAGGUCAUCCUGACCCAGCUGCUAGUGAUGCUCUCAAGCUGGUAGCUUAUGCCUCAGACCAGGCCCACUCGUCCGUGGAGCGAGCAGGGAUGCUGGCGGGGGUGAAGCUGCACCAGGUGACCUCAGAUGACAGCUUCGCCAUGCGCGGCGCAGCUCUACGAGAAGCAAUUGUCAAGGAUAAACAGCUCGGACUCAUUCCGUUUUUCGUGGUGGGCACUGUCGGAGCAACACCAGCCUGUUCGUUUGACAACCUGCGAGAGAUCGGGACGGUGGCGAAGGAAUUUCAUUUAUGGCACCACGUCGACGCCGCGUACGCUGGGUCAGCGAUGGUGUGUGAGGAGUUCCGGUACCUGAUGGACGGGGUUGAGCUGGCCGACAGCUUCAACUUCAACCCUCACAAGUGGCUCCUCGUCAACUUCGACUGUUCUGCCAUGUGGUAGGUUGAUUGG